UUUAAACUGCGCAGGGGGAUGGCCUGUCAAGAAACAUUGGACUGCAAGACCAUGGGUGGGUUUAUAAAGCAAUGCAUGACGGUCCAACUAAAGCAGGAUCUAAUCUGACUGAUACUAUAUGUUCUGCCUCAGAGCUGCUCUCGGCUUUCUUCUGAUCGCUGAUAGAGUGUGGCAGCGGCGGCUGGCCAGAGGUGCUGGAUGAAACCGGCCGGUUUGUGUGUUGACUCCAGAAGAUACUGUCGCGUUUUACGUCACUUUUCGAUGAAUUUGUAGUCAUAUAAGUUGUUUAGGACUUAUUUGCCUAAGGUAAAAAUGAGCGCCACGGUUUAUGUUUUAUCCACGGUUACCGGAUAUGUGCUAACCUCGGCAUUACUGCUGAAGUGUCCGUCACUGCUGCACCGGCGAAAGAGAGAAGCCUUCCGGAGCAGACACAUCUCACACCGCGGCGGGGCUGGUGAGAACUUGGAGAACACAAUGGCAGCCUUCAAGCACGCUGUAAAACUGGGCACUGACAUGUUGGAGCUGGACUGUCAUUUGACCAAGGAUGAGCAGGUGGUGGUAUUGCAUGAUUCAAACCUGAAGAGGUCGACUGGCAUUAAUGCUUACAUCUCUGAUGUGGCUUACGCUGAACUUCCACCUUACCUUUGCAAGCUUGGGGUGACUUUUAAACGAGAGUGCUUCUGUGAAGGAGGAGAUGACAAGCGCAUCCCUCUGCUGAGAGACGUGUUUGAAGCUUUCCCAAACACCCCUGUAAACAUCGACAUCAAGGCUAACAAUGACACCCUCAUCAAGAAGGUGUCUGAGCUGGUCAUCCAAUACAACAGGGAGCAUUUGACCGUCUGGGGAAACUCCAGCAAUGAAAUUGUUAAGAAAUGUUACAAAGAGAAUCCACAAAUCCCGGUUUUGUUCAGUUUGUCCAGAGUGCUUCUGUUACUGGGUCUUUUCUACACAGGCCUUCUGCCCUUCGUCCCACUCAAGGAACAAUUCCUGGAGAUUCCAAUGCCUUCAAUUGUUUCCAAACUCAAAGGUCCUGAGCGUCAGACACGGAGUCAGCGUUUUAUAACGUGGUUGGCAGACACGCUCCUCAUGAGAAAAGCUCUAUUCGAUCAUCUGACAGGCAGAGGAAUACAAGUGUAUAUCUGGGUGUUGAACGACGAGGAGGACUUUAAACGUGCCUUUGACCUUGGGGCUACAGGGAUUAUGACAGACUAUCCCACCAAGCUAAAGGAGUUCAUGGAGAAAAACAACUACAUUGCCACCCUUAAAUAAGACUUCAGGUCAAAGUAAACGAUCAAUAUGCUUUUCCGCUGAUCUUUGGCCUCUGAAUGGGCCUUUUAAUUACCCAGCAUUCUUUGAUGUUUAUGUCCAUGAGUGUAGUGGCAGCUAUCAGUUCUGCAUUUAUCUGCAAUCAGCAAUUCAGCAUCAGAGCCGCUUUAAAGCAAACUGAAUGUCAUGGAAUCAUUCUGUAGCUUUAAAUUCUUAGCAAUACAUAUUGUCCAUAAAAAGCUGGAGGACUUAAAAGAGACUAUGCUGAAUUAUCAAUCAUAUUAAGGUGAUGUCAUGAUCGUCAUGACAUUUCUGUGAAAUUUACUCUACUGGCACUUUCAUUGUGUUAUUGACUGUUUCAUCACAGUGUGAGGAUGUAAAUCCCACUGGUACUUCCUGCAUCACUUUCUGCAAUAACACUGAACUCACUAAAGAGUUAAUUGUCUAAAUGACAAUACCGAAGCUACUCAAGUUUUUUCAAGGCACUGAAAAUAAACAUUAUUUUAAGGGUGUAUUGUGGGAUUGUUGAGAGACCAAUAACCAGAGGGCAUUUUAAUGUUUACCUAAGUACUGUGUGGUUUGAUUGACGUGUAUAUAUUUUGUUUUUGUAAACUUGUUUCUUUUGACAAUAAGAGAUUGUCAAUUUCAAGAUAUGUUGUGGCUUAAAAGAUGCCUCAGUAUUGCUUGAAGUGUUGCGUGUUUAGUUUAAUUAAUAGAUGACCAGUCAGAAGUUUUGACACACCAAUUUAAUCUUCAUCAUUACCAUUUCAGCAUGUUUACAAUAUUAAAGUAAUCAAAACUAAGUCAAAACUCAUAUUUAAGCUGCUUCAAAGCCUGUUUCUGCUUUACACUCAUAUAUAUAUAUUUAUUGUAUUAUUACAUAUAAGUAAAAUUAGGAAGAAAAUCAUGCAUAGAGGAACUUUAUAAUUGUCUUUAAACUCAAUUUCAAGUAUUCAAGCAAUAGCCUUUACGCCAAAAGGUUUUGUGAUCAUGAGAAACAAAGUCAGUUAAGUGUGUCCAAGCUUUUGACUGGUUGUGUAUGUUUUACACUGAUGAAAGAGGUUGUGUUGGAGUGUAACUGGGUCACAGACAAGUGUUGUGUGUGGUCAUGUGACUUGAAUGUACUUUUGCUAGGACAUGAAAAGUGUUUUACUUUAAAGCGUUUGUGGUUUUACAGUUUUGUUGUAUUGUAAGGGAAAUAGAAACAUUUUGGCUCACUACUUUAAGGAAUAAUGAAAUACAGGAUGCAUUAAAAAUUGACAUGACAGUAACUCAUUCCUGAAAGAAGAUAAUCUGAUUAUUUAUGAAGAAUUUGUGGAGUUCAAAAAUGUCCCCUUUGUGAAGUAUAUAUGAAUAUAGUAGUUCUUAGAUUUGUAUUUCUGGUUCAUAUUUUCUCCGAGCCAUUUUCAUUUGUUGUGUAUGAACUCAAUGUACUUGUAAAUUGUAAGUGAUAGUACAAAGAUUAAUUCAAAGAUUAGUUAGUUAUAGAGCCUAUUUGGUUUCAGCAGCACAGUUCUGUUUUGGAUUUGUGAAUAUACUGCCAUUAAAUAUAUUUUAUAAUA